CAGUACUCCGUGCGUAUUUUCUUUGUUUAUAUCUGCAUCAGGGCCAUGACAUUGUGACAUUGUGACGCCAUCUCUCUCAGCCUAUAUACAAGUCUCUCUACAAUGCUGCAGUGAAUACUUCAACCCUCCUGUCUUAAAACACAUAAACUUGCGUUAUAGGCAUACGAUGUCAGUGGUCAAUGAUCACAUCUGCCGCUUAGAUGCACAACUUGAUCAAGUUAGGCAACAAAUCAAUGACUCAAACCUUGCUUCUCUAGAUAUUUCUAAGCAUAAACAUGAUGUCGACGCCGCUACAAAACACAUAUCUGACUUAGAAAAUGUCAUCGGUUCUCUUUCUGUAACUUCCAAGUCCGAACCAUUGCUCCCUCCUGAGCAUAUUGUGGGAUUUAUUUCGAAGCUCCCUUGCUCCCUGCUCGAACCACAUGGACUUCUUCCUGAUGGGUCCACUGACAGUGCACUAGAAGAACUUAUGUGGCUGGCAGUCGCGAAGGCGACAGUGCAGACUUUAGGGGUAGUAUUGAAAUCUUUCCUCGGUCAGAGUCUGCUCCUCAGUGAUGAAAUUUUUUAUUGGGACGCCAUACUAGACUCGUAUUGGUACACCUGUGCUUAUACGCUACAAACAUCACCUUUCCGGGUAUGGCGCCGGUUGACCAAAUCUCACCCAAACGUGACUGGAAGCGGCGCCAGAGCAAGACCUCCCUCGCCGGUCUCAUCCAGAUGGGCGCAAAUUUACGAGGCCAUACAGAGGUCCUUCAAUACCAGAAACUUGCAUGCUCUACAGGAAAACGUCGUUUCACCAUUUAUGGCAGCCAGGUUUGAGAUAGGGCGGAACCGGGAAAAGCUAAAGACCUUAAAGGAUCUCAAUGCUGGUGGUAUCGGGCUCCUUAUGAAAGAAUGCUUCCCUAAUCCAUCAAAUCGCGAUAGUUGUAACCGGACAGGUCCCAUUUCUAUAAGUAACCAGUUGCGUGGUACGGUCUAUAGGAGUGUGGUCUUGAUGGAGACAUUCUUACAAAAGUUGCCAAGUGACAGUGAUGCCUUUGACUUUGGGGGAAGCAUACUUUCAGCUGCUAACGAGGGGGUUGCACGUCUCCAAACCGAAUCUAACAACAUGUGCGCACCCCCAGCACCCAGACUAGCUCUUAAGCGACUACAGGAUAUUUUGCUUAGACUUCUUCCCGCCCAGAAAACCCUUACAUUUGCAACUCUGAAGAAGCAUGGGCGUCCAGCACGUCUUGUGCGCUACUGGCUUCCACUGUCAGUAAUGCUCUUAACUGCAAGCACCUCAUUAAGCAUUCUGACAAACCACCGCCAUCAGCUUAUUCAGUGGGUUUUCAAUACUGGAGAAACUACAAUUGAAUUCUGGAACAAUUGGGUUCUAGACCCAAUCCAAAGGCUUAUCGGAACCAUAAGGCAUAAUGAAAAAAGUGAAAUUGCUUUGAUGAGCAAGAACAGCCUGGAAGCUGACCGGUCGAGCUUAGAGAGGAUGGUAAUCGACUUCAUCCUUGAUCGCGGCGAAUCAAAGCCUGGACAUUCUGUCCUUGAUAUCAAUUCAAUUGCAAAUAAGGUUAGAGAAGGCGAUCUGACACCGGUACUAAAGGCGUACGAGAAGGAUUUAAGGACUCCUUUUGUCGGUACUGUACGGGGUGACCUUGUACGAGCCCUCUUGAUCCAAAUCCAGAAGACGAAGGUAGAUGUUGAGAUCGCAAUCAGCGGUAUUGAUGCUUUGCUGAAGAGUCAAGAGCUUGUUUUUGGUUUUGUUGGUCUUACACCAGGCAUUCUGGUUUCCUACGCUACGCUUCGAUGGUUUGGGGGCAUUUUCGGCAAUAGAAGGGGCCUAAGAGCAGGUAGGCAGCAAGAUGAGUUGAGGCAUGCACUACGGAAUGCUCAUCGUACUUUGAUAUCCUCUACCUCUACCAUAUCUGGCCUGCUCACAUACAGAGACUAUGGCCUUCUGAUAUGCGAGACUGAAGUCCUCCUCAAUAAAGCAGGAACUGUUCUGAAGGGAGUAGAUCUUCGCGCUUUUCGGGAAGAUAUCAGUGAUCUUAUCAAUCAGAGAGUAGUUGAUCGGCAGCUUGAGAUAUUCGGUAGAAUGGGUUGGGUCUACUCGAAAUGGAUUCAGUGAUGAUAUGAUGCUGGGUAUACAGUACUUUACCGGCUCUUGGUGGGAUUGUGCCUACUCCCGUUAGCCAAACAUCUGAGGUGUCGGCCGCUUCUAUCUCUACUUUAAUGGACUGGUAUAUAUAUAUAUAUAUAUAUAUAUA